AUGGGAGUAGAUGUGGUUGCCGAAGAAGGGACAAGCCAACCACCGCCUAAUCAAGCUGUUCAAACUGAGGCUCAAGAUGAGUCCCUAUCACAGACUUCCCUGACCCCUCCAUCUCCAGAAGAUAUAAGGAGGGAAGCUGCACCUCAAGAACCCACUAUUAAUGCUACCGAGCAAGAAGGUUCAGUUGCAGGUACUAGUGGUGUAAAUAGAGCAGUUGGUACGCGGAUACGUGACUUCCUUAAUUUGGACCUUCCAUCAUUCACUGGGUCAGAUCCUAAUGAGGAUCCACAAGAUUUUAUAGAUCAAAUCCAACGCACUUUGGAUGUUAUGCAUGUAAGUGGUAAAGAAGCUCUUGAGCUAACAGCAUAUAGAUUAAAGGGUGUGGCUAUAUUGUGGUAUGAAGCUUGGAAGCAAUCUCGGGGAAUAGAAGCACCUUCAGCUACCUGGAAAGAGUUCAUAAAGGCAUUUCUUGACUAUUAUCUGCCAUUGGAGAUUCGAGAGGCCCGUGUGGAUCAGUUCCUAAAUCUCCACCAAGGAAAUAUGAGUGUGAGAGAGUACAAUCUCAAAUUUAAUUCCUUGGCCAGGUAUACUCCUAAUGUAGUAACUACUAUGGAGGAUAGAGUUCAUCAAUAUAUGGAUAGAUUAGAUUCAUACCUGGUUAGAGACUGUACCAUUGCUUCGUUGAAUAAGGAUAUGGAUAUAGAAAGGAUGCAGGCUUUUGCGCAAAAGUUGAAGGAUCAAAGGCAAAGAAGAAGGACACAAGAGUCAGAAACAGGGCAUUCUAAGAGGGCAAGAUCCAUGGGGCAGUUUACACCAUCCCAAGGUCAUCUGAUGAGAAAUUGCCCUCAUAGGGAUAUGGGUGGUGUGGCACAACCUACUAGAUCAGUUGUUGCAUCUUCAUCAUCACCACCUUCUUUGGGUAGGGGACAUAUGUCUACUGGUCGUGGUAGAGGAUUUAGGGAAGCAGCUAGUUCUAGUGGAGUUCAGAUUUGCACAUAUGCCCUAGGGGAUCGACAAAAUUUAGAAGCCUCGCCAGAUGUGGUUACAGUUUGUGACCGUGAUACAUUAGCUGACCUUGUUGAGAUAGAAAUGGUAGAUUUUAAUGUUAUAAUCAGUAUGGAUUGGUUAGCUUCUUGUUAUGCCAUGGUAGAUUGUCAAACUAAGAUGGUGCAUUUCCAUUUUCCAAAAGAGGCAGUCCUUCAAUGGAAAGGUAAUAUUGGGGCACCAAGAGGUAAAUUUAUUUCUUAUAUUAAGGCAAAGAAGAUGAUGUACAAAGGAUACAUAUGUCAUCUAGUGAGAGUGAAAAAUAUAUAUGCGGAGCCAGCAAAGCUUCAAUCCAUUUCGGUGGUGAAUGAGUUUCCUGAUGUAUUUCCUGAAGAUCUUCUAGAAGAUGACCAGGCAAAUCACCUGCGACAGGUUUUACAAAUUCUUCGUGAUCGUAAGUUGUAUGCAAAGUUCUCUAAAUGUUAUUACAGAUGGUUCGUUCAAGGAUUCUCUUCCAUUGCUGCACCCUUAACAAAGCUAACACACAAAGAAACUAAGUUUCAGUGGAGUGAUGAAUGUGAAAGAAGCUUCCAAGAACUGAAGAAUAAAUUAACUUUUACACCUGUAUUGGUAGUUCCAGAAGGCACGGAAGGCUAUGCAGUGUAUUGUGAUGUUUCGGAAGUGGGCUUAGGUUCUGUAUUGAUGCAGCAUGACUUCAAGGGUAGCUGGGAUGAUCAUCUACCGCUUACUGAAUUCGCUUAUAACAAUAGCUACCAUUCAAGUAUUAAAUUGUCACCUUAUGAAGCUUUAUAUGGUAAAAAAUGUAGAUCCCCAAUUGGCUGGUUUGAAACAGGUGAAACUGCCUUAUUUGGGCCAGACCUUGUUCAUAAAGCUAUGGAAAAAGUCAAGGUGAUACAACAGUGGCUAGAAACAGUUCAAAGUUGA